AUGGGGUUGAAGAAGGAGGAGCUGGACUACGUGCUGGUGCCGCUGGGUCUGGCGGUGAUGGCGGUGUACCACGCGUGGCUGCUGCUCCGCGUCCGCCGGCGACCGGCGACCACCGUCAUCGGUGUCAACGCCAUCAACCGCCGCAUCUGGGUCCGUCACGUCAUGGAGGAGCCGUCCGGGAAGCACGCGGUGCUGGCGGUGCAGACGAUCCGCAACAACAUCAUGGCGUCAACACUACUCGCCUCGACGGCCAUCACCCUCAGCUCCCUGAUCGCCGUCCUCAUGUCCAGCGGUGGCGGCGGCGGGAGCUCAUCCACCACCGCCACCGACUCCUCCAACGACGGCGGCCUCCUCCCGGGCGCGCCGCUGGUGUUGGGCGCGACGGGGGUGCCGGCGCUGUCGGCCAAGUUCUUCGCGAUCCUCGUCUGCUUCCUCCUCGCGUUCCUCCUCAACGUGCAGUCGAUCCGGUACUACAGCCACGCGAGCUUGCUCGUGAACGUGCCGCUGGGCGCGUGGGACGACGGCCGCGGCCGGCGCCGCCUCCGGCCGGGGCGCGCCGCCGCCGUCGUGUACGUGACCGACGUGCUCAACCGCGGGAGCUACUUCUGGUCGCUGGGCGCGCGGGCGUUCUACUUCUCGUGCCCCGUCUUCCUCUGGCUCUUCGGGCCCAUCCCCAUGCUCGUCGCCUGCGUCGCCAUGGUCUGCGCGCUCUACUUCCUCGACGUGUGCAAGGACUGGAAGGAGGAGGAGGAGGGAGAGGAGUGA